CUUAUACAAAUAGGGUUGUUUUCCUCAUCUUUAUUUCUUGCACUCUUUCUUCCUUUCUUCCCUGUGAUUUUUUCUCAACUCCAAUUAUGACUGCUGGUGAAGCUCAAGAGUGUACACGCGUGUACCCCGUUCCCAAAAGAUUGCAAGGCACACCUGAACCAUUUGUAAAAGGCAUCGAACAGUACAAGUCAUUAUGGGAAGAAAGUGUGAAUAAUCCCACCAAAUUUUUCGGUGAUUUGGCCAAGGAAACGUUAUCAUGGAGCAAGCCCUUUGAAACCGUCCAGCAUGGGUCGUUCAAGGAGGGAGACGUGGCUUGGUUUGUGGAAGGCGAACUGAAUGCCUGUUUUAACUGUGUUGACAGACAUGCUCUGGCGAAUCCUGACAAGAUUGCCAUCAUUCACGAAGGCGAUGAGCCUGAGAACGUACGCAAAAUCACCUACCGCGAGUUGUUGCAACAAGUCUCUCGUUUGGCCAAUGUUCUAACCAGUUUGGAUGUCCGCAAAGGGGAUAAUGUUUCCAUUUAUAUGCCUAUGGUUCCUGAAGCCGUCUUUGCCAUGUUGGCCUGUGUCCGUAUCGGUGCGGUGCAUUCGGUUGUCUUCGCUGGUUUCUCUUCUGAAUCCUUGCGUGAUCGUAUCCGCGAUUGUGGCGCACGUGUGGUGCUUACGGCAGAUGAAGGUCGUCGUGGUGGUAAAAAUAUUGCCACCAAGCGCAUCGUCGAUGAAGCAUUAAAAGAUGCCCCUACGGUGGAACAUGUACUGGUUUUCCGUCGUACAGGAUCCGAAAUCCCGUGGAAUGGCGCUCGUGACCUGUGGUGGCACGAAGAAUUAGCCAAAGCCCGUCCGUACUGUGCUCCAGUCCCUGUGAAUGCAGAAGAUCCUAUGUUCCUUCUCUACACCUCUGGCUCUACAGGAACCCCCAAAGGUGUGCUUCAUACGACAGCUGGUUAUCUUUUGGGAGCCGGAGCAACCCUGAAAUACAUCUUUGAUUAUCAUGAGAACGAUGUUCACGCGUGCAUGGCCGACAUUGGUUGGAUCACUGGUCACACUUAUAUUGUCUACGGACCUUUGGUACGCGGUGCGACCACUGUUCUUUUCGAAUCGACUCCCACGUACCCCGACCCCUCCCGUUUCUGGCAAGUUAUUGACAAACAUAAGAUCACCCAAUUCUAUACUGCCCCAACCGCCAUUCGUGCUCUCCGCCGCCUCGGUAACAAAUGGUUGGAAAACUAUGAUCUCUCAAGCUUGCGUGUCAUUGGUUCAGUGGGCGAACCCAUCAAUCCAGAGGCAUGGGAAUGGUACCAUGAAAAUGUGGGCAAAGGCGCCUGUGCGGUGGUCGAUACCUACUGGCAAACCGAAACCGGAUCCAUUGUCAUUAGUCCUCUGCCCGGUGCAACGGCAACCAAGCCUGGAUCAGCCACAUUGCCUUUCUUUGGCAUCAAGCCUGCCAUCUUGGAUCCCGUGACCGGUGAAGAGUUGCAAGGCAACAAUGUUACAGGCGUACUUGCUAUCGCUCAACCUUGGCCAUCGAUGGCUCGAACCGUCUAUAACAAUCAUUAUCGUUAUUUGGACACUUACUUGAAUCCGUAUCCUGGCUAUUACUUUACCGGUGACGGAGCUCACCGCGAUGCUGAUGGUUAUAUCUGGGUGCGCGGACGAGUGGAUGACGUCAUCAAUGUAUCCGGUCAUCGUUUGUCUACGGCAGAGAUUGAGUCGGCACUCAUUGGUCACGCUUCCGUUGCUGAAGCAGCUGUGGUAGGCGGUAACGACGAGUUAACCGGUCAAUGCAUCCAUGCUUUCUGUACUCUGAAGCCCAAUUUGGAAGGAUCAGACAACUUUGACAAGGAGUUGGCACUCCAAGUUCGAAAGGUCAUUGGCCCAUUUGCGACGCCCAAGCGUAUUUACGUUGUCAAUGAUUUGCCAAAGACACGCUCAGGAAAAAUCAUGCGACGCAUUCUACGAAAGAUUGUCAAUAACGAAGCUGACCAACUCGGUGACAUUUCUACCUUGGCUGAACCUGCUGUCGUUCAACAUUUGAUUGAACGGUGCCAAUAACUCUUCUUUUCUGUAAAUGAUUCCCAAAUACGAACGACUAAAAAAAUAUCUUUCGCCCUUUCUAUUAUUAAAGUGUUUGAAAUUGCUCGCUCUUUACGAUAUACUGUUGUGACUCGAAGGAGAUUGUUUCGUAUAUCACAAGAUGCUAUGCGUUCCUUGGAUUUUUCGUUAACACGAUAUAAGGCACUUUUAUUUCAACUGGAACCUUUUAAAUUCAACAUGAACUUGUAUUCCAC